AUGGAAGUGGAUACCUCUGUGAUUGACGAUAUCCUUCGUGGAGCACGAUAUCAGAGUGAAAUUCAUGACCAUGCGAGUUUCAAGACUUUCCUGGAUCGUCUUGUCCUCCCGGGAAUGGUACUACACCUAGAUCCUGAUAGACCAGAUGUUCAUCAUUCAUGGGCUUUGGGUCCUGGUUUACGCCUUUUACCGAAAACCACCCGGCCUAAACAACCAAAGUCUUGGGAUUCAAUCUUAAUCCUCCAGUUUGGUGUGUUGAGGCAAUCCUCUACAGACUUUGAUCCAGCUGAAGAGAAAACAACAGCUUCGAGGUUCCCCGGUGGUGCCAAACCUGAGACUCAUCACUUUUGUUUGUGGUUGGAACGACCACGCCUAUCCGGAGUUUCACGAUCACUUGCACCCUUGACUCGAACUACCUUCCGGUGUACAAACAGUCAAUUUCACAUUGGAGAUCGCGUUGUUGGCUUGGUGACCCGACGAGUUGGUGACAAUUACAUGGUUGACAUAGGUUGCGGAUCGCCCGCCACAUUGAAUUAUCUUGCUUUCGAAGGAGCUUCGAAGAAAAACCGACCUGAUUUGGGCCCGGGUGAUGUCCUGUAUGCCAUGGUAACACAGGCGGACAGGGAUUUGGACAUUGAACUGUCAUGCGUAGAUGAGACCGGUCGGGCUUCUGGAAUGGGGAUUCUUGGCCGACAGGAACCGGGCACAGUGGGGAACGCAGGAGGCAUGAAGGGUGGUGUAAUGCUACAUUGCUCUCCAGGUCUCGUUCGCCCAAGUGGCCGCCAGGAUAACUUCCCAUUCCUGACACUACUUUCCAAAGUUUUCCCCUUUGAGGUAUGUUUGGGGGCGAAUGGACGCAUUUGGCUGACCGCGCGUUCUCCAAGGGAAACAACUCUACUGGCAAACGCGAUUGCGAUGGCUGACCACAUUCCUCAGUCGGAAUGUUGUAAACUUGCACAGAUUUUGAAAUAACCAACCCCCCAACUCGCCUGUACAGAUUUUAUAAGAAUUGUGCAUCAAUUCGCGAAUCGCAACCUAUUUUUCAUUUUGAUGAAGUGGGUGAACCCUGCCUUGGCUUGGUCAGUUUCCAGUUUCCUCAAUACAAAUGGAACCGGU